AUGAGAAUCAAAACAACAACCUUGUUUUGGCUCUCUGCCUUUGCCAUUGCACUCCUUUCGAUCGUCAUCACGCUCUAUACUAUCCCACCUCCUUCCAUUACAAGUAAUACCAUUAGUUCUCAACACAGUUUCUUCCUUACUGUCUUCAAUAAGGUUGUCAAGCAAAGUGGGGUGGAGGAUCUUUUGUCUCAUUUUGUGUCUAGAGGCCACCAUCAUCAUCGGAGGAAGCCUAAGAGAAGAUGUGACACAAGAAAAUGGAAGUCUAGGCUCGUGUCCAUCUACAAAGUGGCACUCAUUUUGACAGUCGACUUGAAGGGUUGUGCAAAUUUUAGCAGCGUGCAGAAGGCAGUAGAUGCUGUUCCUGAGAAUAGCCCCUCUAGGACCCUCAUCAUCAUUGAUUCUGGUACAUACAGGGAAAAAGUGGUGGUGGAGGCCAACAAAACAAAUCUGAUAUUUCAAGGUCAGGGAUAUCUUAAUACAGCUAUAGCAUGGAACGACACCGCAAAUUCCACCGGAGGGACUGCCUACAGCUCUUCGGUAGCCGUUUAUGCUUCCAACUUUACUGCUUACAACAUUACCUUUAAGAACACAGCUCCUGCGCCAUCCCAGGGAAUAGUUGGAGGGCAGGCAGUGGCACUUCGAAUUGCAGGCGACAGGGCUGCAUUUUAUGGAUGUGGAUUUUAUGGAGCCCAAGACACACUAAAUGAUGACCAUGGGAGGCAUUAUUUCGUAGAAUGUUUCAUACAAGGAUCCAUUGAUUUCAUUUUUGGAAGUGCUAGAUCCCUCUAUGAGGGGUGCACCAUUAAUUCAAUAGCAAAGGAAGUGGCCGGCGGGAUUAGCGGCGCCAUCACAGCUCAUGGGAGGCAGGCGAUGAAUGAGCAAACUGGUUUUUCCUUUGUGAAUUGUAGCAUCAGUGGAAGUGGGAGAGUGUGGCUUGGGCGAGCUUGGGGAGUUUAUGCCACUGUCGUGUUUUCUACAACAUACAUGUCAGAUGUCGUAGCUCCGGAUGGUUGGAAUGAUUGGAGAGACCCCUCAAGAGAUCAAACGGUGUUCUUCGGAGAGUAUCAAUGUGUGGGAGCAGGAGCAAAUUACACAUAUAGGGCCUCGUAUGCAAAGCAACUGGGGCAAUCUGAAGCAGCUCCCUACAUGGAUAUUGCUUACAUUAAUGGAGAUGAAUGGCUUCUCUAUCAUCAAUAUAUUUUAUCUGUUCCUGAUCUUGAGAGGGAUAAAGAAGAUAUUCAUAUAUAUUGAUACUAUUAUAU